AUGUUGAGCUGGGUGGUGAAAGUCGUUCCCCAGCCGCCUGAGCCUACGCCUAAAAAUGGCGACGAGCCAAAGGAGGAGAAACCGGCUCCGCCCCCCGUGGAGCCCCCGCCCCCCUCUCCUGAGAAGAAAGUGACAUUUGAUGAAGUUAAAGAAGGUAAAAAGAUUCUCACACUCUCAGCCUGCAGUGUUGACGUGGAUCAGCAGCGCUUUGCCUCAACCCUCACCAAAACUGACCCGAGCCCAGUCCACCACCAAGGUGAGCUCAGACCCGGGGUCAGAGGUCAGAGGUCAAGAACAGACCCAGGGUCAGAGGUCAGUAAAGGGAUGAUGGCGUGGCUCGCUCAGGGUUUGGAGAAAGUCGUUCCACAGCCGGAGCUGAAGCCCAAAGAACCGACGGCAGCCGAGCAGCCGCCCGAACCUCCCGCUCCGCCGCCGGUGGAGGAGAAACCGCCGGUUCGUCCACCUUCUCCUCCAGCUCCGGAGCCUCCAGUCGCUGUGGUGGAGGUGGAGGCAAGUCCAGAAGACAACACUGACAGCAAGCCUUUCCCACCCAGGAUGAUGGACUGGAUCAAACAGGGCAUCGAGAAGGUGGUUCCUCAGCCAGAGACCGGAGCAACUAAAGUCGAGGUUCAGCCGGCAACCGCAGAUGACGACGAAGAGCAGCAGCCCAAUAUGAUCGGCUGGAUCGUGACAGAGAUCGGACGUAUCUUCCCUCAGCCUGUACAGCAGCAGGAUUCAGGUGGUGACGAUGUACAGAGCAUCAGCAUCGUUCAGAAGCAGCCAGAGCUCGUUCUGGAGGACGUGGAGGACGAGGAGACCAAGAAGGCAGAGGAACGCGUCCUACAGAUGGAAAGCAUCAAGAAGGAAGCGGCUCAAGCUCAAAUGGAGGAAAGACAGAAGCAGGGGCUUCUGGAGGCGGCCCGCAUGGCUGAGGAGAUCGCCAUGAAGGCAGCAGAGGAGGCAGUGAGACAGCUGGAGGAGGACCAAUCAUCUAAGAUCAUCAUAGAGGAGAUGCCAGAGACCACUGAACAACUACCAAACAUCCUGGAGGAGGAGAACGAGGAUGACGCAGAGUUGCGAAACCUGCAGCAGGACAGUGAAGACAGCACAGACAAUAAGACUCCUGAGGAAACUAAAGUAGCAGAGGAAAAUAACAAAACCAAUGUUAACGAAGAGAGAAAACCUGAUCAAGAUGAUGCUGAACCUGAGCUGGCAGAGCUUCCUUCCAUAAACGAGGCAGAGCACGGAUCUGAGAGGAGAGAGCUGGAGAGUCCCAUCACCCAACAACCAGAGCCACAAGAUUCAGAAGCUGCGCCCACCACAGAUCCGGACAAUGAAGCAACAGAAGCAGGUGGUGGAGUUCCUGACAUUUGCUCUCCACUAAAGAGCUUUCUGCUUCAAAUCCCAUACGCUGCCGAGUGCCUUGAGAGCUGCAAGAAGCUGAUGCAUGAUAAUGACCUCACCCCUCCCAAACUGUCCAUGCCCACCCCACCGCCGGAGCUCGCUAUGCUGAGCCAGGAGCUUGACAUGAUGAGGCAGGAGCUCACCCAGAUCACCCAGGAGCUCACCCUGAUGACCCAGGAGCUGUCGCAGCUCCCUGAGCAGGCGCGCCAGUACUGCAUGAGCAUCGUCAAUCGCUUCAGACGGGGGCAGAACAGAGGCCUGACCAUCCCCCAAAUUAUCACAACUGCAGAGCCUGACUCCCCAACAACUCCCCACAGAGCAAAGCCCAGUCUUGCAGGAGAUUUGUCUGUAGACGUAGACGGAGACGGAGAAGAUGACGAGCUGUCGAAGAUCAGCCUGCUGGGUGCAGAAGAGCACGUGCGACCUGCGUCAGCCGCCAGCGUCGGCAGCGUGGCCAUCCAGGACCGCCUGAGCGACCUGGUCAAGCUGUUUAAAGGCCGAACAGAACAAAGAAGAGACCGUUUGGUGGAUCCAGACGAAUCUGACGAAGAAGCCCCCCCCACCGCACCUGCUGCUGCCCCUCCUCCACCUCCACCAGAGGAGAAGAAGGAGGCUCCGGAUGAUGCAGAAGAAGAAGAGGAGAAACCGUGGUUCACAUUUGAACUUUUGGGACAGCCGGUGGAAAUUCCCAAACUGGUCAAACUUCCCAAAUUGCCAGAUUGGCUCCAAGUCAUCGUAGAUUAUCGCUUCCCCGACAGCAUCGACCCGUUCACCGAUCUGAUCUACGUCCUGUGGCUGUUCCUGGUGGUGGCGGCAUGGAACUGGAACAUGUGGUUGAUCCCCGUCCGCUGGGCGUUUCCUUACCAAACCCCCGAAAACAUCUACAUAUGGCUGGCGAUCGACUACACCUGCGACUUCAUCUACAUCACCGACAUCCUCGUCUUCCAGCCCAGACUGCAGUUCGUCCGUGGAGGAGACAUUGUGUGUGAUAAAAAGGACAUGAGAGAAAACUACAUGACAACUGAGAGAUUCAAGUAUGAUGUCAUCAGUCUGUUUCCCAUGGAGAUCUUUUAUUAUUUCACCGGAGUGAACUCACUGCUGCGAUUCCCUCGUCUGCUGAAGUACAUGGCUUUCUUUGAGUUCAACGACAGAAUAGAAGCCGUGAUGAAGAAGGCCUACAUCUACAGAGUGAUCCGGACCUCCACCUACCUGCUUUACUCUCUGCACAUCAACGCCUGUCUGUUCUACGUGGGCUCCGACUACGAAGGACUGGGAUCCACCAAAUGGGUCUACAAUGGACAAGGCUUCGCGUAUAUCCGCUGCUACUACUUUGCUGUGAAGACUCUGAUCACCAUCGGAGGACUUCCUGACCCCCAGACCGUCUUUGAGAUCUGCUUCCAGCUCAUCAACUACUUCGUUGGUGUCUUCGCUUUCUCCAUCAUGAUUGGUCAGAUGAGAGACGUGGUUGGAGCAGCGACGGCCGGAGAGAACUACUACCGAGCCUGCAUGGACAGCACGGUGAAGUACAUGAACUCCUACCACAUUCCCUCCGAGGUCCAGAACCGCAUCAAGACCUGGUACGACUACACCUGGAAGAUCCAAGGCAUGCUGGACGAGCAGGAGCUCCUGGUGCAACUUCCUACUAAGAUGAGACUCGACAUCGCUGUGGACGUGAACUACGCCAUCGUCAGUAAAGUCGCUCUGUUUCAGGGAUGUGACAGACAGAUGGUGUUCGACAUGCUGACGAGACUCAAAUCUGUCGUCUACCUGCCAGGAGACUUUGUCUGUAAAAAGGGGGAGAUCGGCAGGGAGAUGUACAUCAUUAAGCAGGGGGAGGUUCAGGUGGUGGGCGGUCCUGACCUGCAGACGGUGUUUGUGACCAUCAGAGCCGGCUCUGUGUUCGGAGAGAUCAGUUUGCUGGCGGGAGGCGGAGGAAACCGUCGUACAGCCAACGUGAAGGCUCAUGGAUUCGCCAACCUCUUCAUCCUGGAUAAGAAGGACCUGGCGGAGAUCCUGGUCCACUAUCCAGAGUCCCAGAAACUCCUCCGCAAGAAAGCCAAGAUGAUGGUGACGAAGGACGUGAAGCCGGUGGACAAAGGUAAAGAGGUGGAGGUAAUCCCACCCAGACCGGACACUCCUAAAAUGUUCAAAGCGGCUCUGAAAGUGACGGAGCAGGCGGGAAUAGAAGGAACCUUCGCCAAGCUGAAGAAGACCUACAAACCGGCUGAUGGCGAUGACGAGGCUCCGCCCUCUUUCUCCCCGCUCCCUCCUCCCUCUCCGAUGCACCGCCGCUCUCCGAUCCCGACGCCGGCUCGCCGAGACGACGACGACACCGUGUGCGAGACGGCCGACAGCUCGAUGCUCAUCAGGAUGACGCCUCGCGUGGAAGGGGAGGAGCUUCUGUCCGUGGAGGUGGCGCCUGGAGACAAAGACGGAGAAGAAGAGAAGAAGAAGGAGGGAUGA